GGCCAGGCCAGGCCACACGGCCAACUCCGAGGGUAGACUACAACUUCGUCGCUUGUUCAGAGCAAAUUCCUACUCUCACACUCGUAUCGCAUCGCAAUCCCAUCCUCGCUGGCUCUCUUCAUCAAUCCGCUCACCCUCGUCUCGACCCGCUCAUAGGCUGGAGCUAUCGCCCUCCCUUUUCCGUCGGCAACGAAGCCGCACAGCACUAUCUCCUGAUAGGAGUAGCGCCUAGCCCCCUGGCCAUAUCUUGCUCGACAGUAGAUUCCACUCGAGGGUUUUGGACAACACGACGGUGGGAGUGCAGAGAAAGCUAGCCACGAGCCUCUAAUACUUGCAGGCGGUGCCCUGCUCGGCAUCCCUCCGCCCGAUACGAUGUUCGUCGCUUCCGGACUGUACAAGUAUGCUACGUCCAGCAACAAUGCCACCGGCGGCCCCUCUUCCCGGCCCAACCUAGAUGAGCCCACGCCGGCAAAUACAAGGGUGAAGCGGCGGCCCAGGAGAGGCACCGCUCCUUCCUCAUCCUAUAGCAAGCCUUCCGCCUCGUCUCCGCCUCUGGCAAGUCCCCUUGUAGAUGCAGAGGCUUCCCUCCCUCCUCCUCCACCGUAUGCCUCCAUCGCUACGGGCUCCACGAGCGAGGAGCGGAAGCAGGCUCAGGAUGCAAAGGUGGCUAUUAUCGAGGAGAUCCUCAAGGAGGAGGAUCUAUACAAGCUGCUUGGGUGCAAGAAGAGCAGUAAGCCAGAGGAGAUCAGGAGAGGGUUUCUCAAUCGGAGUCGUAGCUGUCAUCCCGACAAGUUCCCCAAUCAUCCGCCGGCGACUUCGGCAUUCCAGAAAGUGUCGUUCGCUUAUGAGACGCUUUCCAAGCCUUCUUCGAGAAGGAUGUACGACGUCUCUGGCCGGUCAGACUUUGCUGCAGCGAUGAAUGCCGACUCGUCCACUCACUCCAGCGGUGGAGGCCUCAGCAGCGAAGAUACGCUCAACGGAGUCCUCUACUCGGUGUUUUGCGAAUUCAUGGAGGGAGACUUUGAGAUGAUCAGGGUGCUGGUCAACGCACUCAACGAGGGCAAUCCGAGCAUGAAUCUGGGAGAGGAGGCCGUUGAUAGCAUUGAGGGGGCAUUCAAGCGACUGAGAGAGAUCAUGCUUGCUGGCAAGCGUUACCUCUCCAUCAUCAAGUUCGAGCUGAUGCGCCUCCACGAGAUCCAACAGUCACUGCGUCAACUCUCCUACUUCAACAUCACCGGCCGACUGAAGCUUACCAUCCAGCUUGCCAGAGUCACCAUCAAUAUACCCCUGGCCAUCGAUAAUGCCAUGAAAGCUCCCGAAGGAGAGGGUUCUAGAGAAAAGGCAGAAGGAGAAGGAGCUUCUGCCUUAGACGGGUCGCUCGAUGAUGUGGAAGAGGAGGAGGAGGACGAAGAAGAGUCAGAUGAAGCAUCGCCAUCAACGGACGACUUUGGCGUUGCUCCCGAGGAUGACGAAGAUGAAGACGAUGAUGACGACGCCUUCCUCUCUUCCUCUUCUCGCUCCAAGAAGGGGCAAGCGUCGUCUCGCUCUAGAUAUGACAGCCGAAGGACUUCCAGCGGUGUAAAGCGCAAGAGCACCAUCCGCGGCACCCGUCCCCGCGAUCGGAUUCAUGGUCAGCCUGCAUCCCAAUCCUCCUCUGACCCAGCAGAAUCCACCAAUCCCGGAGCGAAUGGGUCGACGAGCAGCAGAAAAGGGCGGGGUACAGCACUGCAGAAGCGUGGUCUGCUGCCCAACUCGGCCGUCAGUCUGCUACGCGGGGUGGUCAAGGUCCUUGAGACGAGUGAGGCGUGGAUGCCUGGUACGGGGGUGCCACAGGAUGAGAAUCAGCGACCAUAGAUGAUGGGAUGAUAGAGAGUCCUGCUCCCAGGGCUUGGACUGGACUGUUCAUAGAUGUGAGACCCUCUACCCCUUGCCCACUCUCCCUUCCUUGAUAUCUUUCUCGCUCCCUUCAACCCCCGACUUCCUCUUCACUACUACCCUUUCCACACCUCUUCAGUCUUCCUAUAUACUGUGUUUCAUGCUGUUGUACCCAUAGAAUUUUCCGACUUCAUUUUGCGCCUCCGUCUGUGUCACUUUCCUUGCUUACCCUGUCCCUGUUUGCUUUCUCUCCCGGUUAUUAUCACAUGUCACAUCCUUCCCCUAGCAAUCGCCAUACGGGGCAAUGUCCUUCGAUCUGUCUCACA